GCUGGUCAGGUGCAGUGCGUCCGCCGUGUGUGUUGCCGCCGCAGUCGAGUUGGCCCGUGCAGUGGCAGAAUCUGUGUCCGCGCGCGUGCUCGCCGUCCACGUGCAGCCGAGGAAACGCCGGCAGCCGACCACGACCACGCCGACCGUCGCGUGCCUGCUCGCCACGACCACGUGCUCUCAGCCACCGGGGCGACGCUGCUCCGCUUCCGCAUCUUCUCAGUGUGGGUGUUGUCGCAAAAACAGUCAAAAUUCGGGUCAAAAAUAGAGAACCUGUUCCUGUCUACCAGAUGGAGGACCCUCACGAUAGUGACAUGGAAGGCAGCAUGUCAAACAACGACGAGGACGCGAGCGACCCGGAAGAGGAGGGCCCCCUGGGCUCGGCCGACCCGGGGGGAGCCAUGCUGCACCUGAACAACGGCGCGGGCGGCGGCGGGGGCGGCGGCGGCGCCGGCGGCCGGCCCUUCUCGGCGUCGCCGCAUGACCCGGGCGCCGGCCCCAGCGGCUCCUCGGGGCCCGUGGCCUCUGUGGCCGGCACCGUGUGGGCGCGCGCGCUCGCCCUGCCCGACCGCCAGUCGGCGCUGCAGUCGGAAAUAGCGCAGGUCAGCAGCCCGCCCGUCACCCAGUCUUUCGCACCUAUCAGGCACUUCGUCGACCACUUCUGGGAUGAGCGACCGCCUAGCACUCAGCAGGAGCGAAAUCCGACGCCGACGCCGCCCCCACCUCCCCCGGCGCCGGUGUCGGGGUCCUCGUCGGGGCCUGCCCCACAGGCGGUGCAGCCGUACCUGCCGCUGUCGUUCUUCCCGCCGCCCGCUAACUUCAUACCGCCCAUCUCGGCGCCCGCCCCCACCGCCGCCCCCGCAUCCGUCUCCUCGUCGGUGGCCACCUCCUCGUCCUUCCAGAACGCCGUAGCGCCUUCCGCCGCCCCCGCCAACGCCGCAGGCGGCGCUCCUGCCACCAACAACAGUCACAACAACCCCUCGUCUGCCUCCUCGCAUUCGUCAGAGUCGUCGACGAGUUCCCAGCAGACGUGGAGCUUCGAGGAGCAGUUCAAACAGGUGGUGACGAGUAACCAGGCCGGCAUUUGUGUAGCUGGCGGUGGGAGUGCACCUAUAAACUACACUCAGGCCCACCAGUUUGCCAGACAAAUGGUCAUUAAUCCGAGUCGAGGAUUCAUCCCGGGUCUGGCACAUCUUCCUGUCUCACAAGUUAGUGCGCUAUACGAGCAGUUGUACGAGAUCAACAACGACCCUAGAAGAAAAGAGUUCCUAGAUGAUUUGUUCAGCUUCAUGCAGAGGCGAGGGACGCCGAUCAACCGGCUGCCAAUCAUGGCCAAAUCUGUGCUCGACCUGUUCGAGCUGUACAACCUGGUGAUCGCACGCGGCGGACUGGUCGACGUCAUCAAUAAGAAGCUGUGGCAGGAGAUCAUCAAGGGGCUGUCGCUGCCCUCGUCCAUUACGUCCGCCGCCUUCACGCUCCGCACACAGUACAUGAAGUACCUGUACCCGUACGAGUGCGAGCGGCGUGGCCUGAGCACGCCGCAGGAGCUGCAAGCGGCCAUCGACGGCAACCGGCGCGAGGGCCGGCGCAGCAGCUACGGCGGCGCCUACUCGGACAUGGCGGCGGUGGCGGCGGCGAGCGCGGGCGGGGGCGGGCGCGCGGGCGCCGUGGGCCAGGUGUCGCCGCUGAGCCUUGUCACGGCGCACGGCGGCGCGCGGCCCGCGCACACGCACGCCCACCUCAACGGCAACUCGCACCAGCAGGCGUCGCAGCACCUCCACGCGCCGGCGCUGCCCGAAUGGUCUCUAUCGCAUCUAGGACCCGAAUACGAAGCACGCCUUGCAGAGUAUUUGCGGAUGCUAAACAGGGAGCUCCGCACAACCUCUGGCACACCUCCCACUCUGCCUGGAAGCCUUGCUGUUCCACUGGGUGUUGCUGUAGGACGAGCACCAGGGACAGUACCAGCUGCUGCACCGCACCACCACCAUCACCACCACUCAUCCCCACGACAACAUCAGCAGCAACAACAACAGCAGCAGCAGCAUAUACUGCAACACCAACAGCUCGCACCACCACCGCAGCCACAGACACAACAGCAGACAGGCUCCCCACUAUCCGGAUCUCCCCCACGGCAGCAUACUCCAGAGGAACUGCCGCGACUGCCCCUUUGGCCAGCACUGUACCCUCCUACGACACCACUGGCAGCGGCAGCAGCAGCGGCAGCUGUCGUUGCAGCAGCCGCUGGUUCUGCUCCCGAACCUCAACAGGAGGCACUCAAUCUGGAAGUACGUGACCAGGCCCGGCAACGAGAAAGAGAGCGUGAGCUGACACCGCAUCAGCAGCCUGCCCUGCAGCAGGUAGUAGUCAAACGGGAGUUAAUAGUCAAGCGGGAGUCUGAAGACCACAUAUCGCCACCACCAGCCAAGCGGCAGGUCACAGCCAGCACCACUCCACCUGCAGCAACCACAUCUGGAAACCCCUUGUCCACUACUGAAGCUGCCAGUGCUGUUCCUUCCACUUCUACUGCUGUUUCUAAUCCCACAACGACAGGUGCAUCAGCACCUGGCCUGGGGAAUGCUGUGUCUGAUGAAGAGGGACCAACGAGAACACUACACCAAUCUGCAUGUACUCACAUCUCUAUAACAAGUAGAGGAGAAGGUCCUCUUGGAAAUGACAAUUCUCUUAUUGUAAGCAUGGAUCUCAAUGGAAUGAAAUACCAAGGCAUCUUAUUUGCUAUUCGGACUCCACGCACAUCGUGAGACCAUCCUCAUCAGCGAAUGGACAUUUGUGAAGGUACAUUGUGGAAGAAGUGGAAAGAAUCUCGUGUCCAAGAACAUUUUUAAACCAAUGUUGUAGUUAUUGAGACCAAAGUUCAUGUUGUUUUGAGCAUAUUCAAUCACUUAUAAAAACUUUAAUGUUGUAGUUGCUUGGAAAAGUGACUGUACAUUUAUUCAUGGUUGCCUAUAUUACCAUGAAAUUGUUGUUAAUUGUAAAAUACCAUAAACGAGGACUUAGUGGUUCACAGUAAAUUAUUGUAAUGCUUAAGAAUUGCCUUUUGUAUUCAGUUUAAUGUUCUUUUUCGAAUAUUUCUCAGUCUGUGAGGGAUUUUUUUAUAUAUAUAUAUGUAUAUGUAAAGAUAAAAAAAUAUUGUGUGUAUUUAUUUAAGUCUUUUGUGUCUUUUGAAAUUAUUUUAUUCUAGAGGAAGUAAAAUUCUUCAACUUUUACUUCUGAUCUACAAUAGUGAAUACCAAUAAAUAUAAACUGACAUGAUCACAGUGGAAUGUGAUUUCAGUUUCCAGAGCUGCCAUUUUUGAAGACUGUUUUCUCCCACAUAAUUCAUAAACAUAUGUUGAAUGGAGAUAAACAUAUGUUGAAUGGAGCAGUGAAAUGAAAACAUUAGGAAGACUGUGUUCAGUGCAAGUUUUAUAAAGCCCUGUUGUACAUUAAAGAAAUUAGGAGUAGUACAGUGAGCUGUUAAUACUCGUCAAUAGUCCUCAUUCUCAAGCCAAAAAACUGAACAGUGACACCAUUUUGGCACUAACUGUAAGAGCUCUUUAGAGUACUUAGAAAAAAAUUGUAUAAUGGAAACACUGUGUCGUAAUUGCAUAAAAAUGUAUGAGAUUUAAGGAGCAGCACUAUCUUUUGAUAUUUGUAAAAGACUUAGUUAAAGUAGAACUGAGUGACACACACAUGGAAAGAAAAAACUAAACAUCAAACAUUGGACUUUAAGAAGAGUGUUUCUGUUAUUGGGAAAAAAUGUAGGUCAGGAAAGAGAAAUAGGUAGAGGAAAUAAACAGAAGUGGAGAGGCAAGAGUCACUGGAUCAGAAAUGACAAAAGCUGCAGAUGAGUUUUCUGUUACCUUUUUUCUGAUUCCUUACAUUUUGUGGAUGAUCUCAAACCUCACCUUUAAUAAUGAACAUUUUGUUUCAUUGCCUAGCUUCCAAGCAUCCCAACUUUUGCACAUAGUGUUUAGACUUUGGGAGGCUUGAUUUAAGGCUACUCUGUUGUCAACAUUUCUUUAAAAAUUACUCCUUUCUGUGGAAGAUUACUAAUCCCAUGUUUGGAGCAGCUUCCCUUUCCAGAGAUGAUUUUCCAUCUUAGGUUAGCUUUUUUAUUGGUUUAUUUCCUGUUUGCUCCUAUUUGCAUUUCAAAUAUUUUCAAAGUUCAGAAUUUGAAAUCUUGUUUCUCUUCUGUAAGUUGCCUGCUUCAGCAUCUGGUAAGUGGAUGCUUCUCUUAUCUCCAACAGAGACAACAUGUUUUCUCAACACGUGUUCUAAACCCUCCUAAAUUGAGUUUAUAAAUAGUUUCUUAGAAAAAUAUACAGAUACCCCUAACAUAAUAAGCAGUGUAACUAUUACUGAACUGUUAAACAUUACCAUUUAGCAGUAAAAUGUACUUAUUAUAUAGCAAAAUAAAAAGUGAAAAGUUUUCUGAAUUUUACUGUCAUUUUCAUUAGAUGGGUCACAUAAGAAAAUAAACAGCAUGCCUAAACUGACAGCAACACAAUGAAAUUUUUUUAAGAUUAAAUAUUUUUACUGGAGAUAACUGUUUCUGAGACCAUGGUAUUCUUUCUCUGUUUUUAGUAUUGUAAUUAUAAUAAUCAAUAUUUCUUGCUACUAUACCUCAUUACUGCAUUGUUCGAGGAAUAAGUCUGUGUUCACUCAUUGGUCCAUUUUACACUGGUGUGACCCAACCAAAAUGAUCAUACAACCAAGUCUUAUGUAACAAUGUAUCUACAAUGUGCUUACACACCUGACAGCACAGUGAGCAGCAGUGAAAAAGAGAUAAGUGAAGUUUGAGCAUUAACAGUUUUCUGUACUGGUUAUAAUUCCCAAUAAAAUUUUCUCUGAAAUACUGGUUGUGAAAGCAGAUGUCAGACAUAUAGGACAUUUUUAAUUUAACAGAGUAAUUUAGAUUACUUGGCUUUUAAAUUUAAAUAAAAAAUUCCAAUAAUUAAAUAAAAAAAUUCCAAAAAAUGAAAAAGUAAAGAACGUGUACCAUUAUCUUUCUAUGUAUUCCCUCUCUCUACCCCCCCCCCCCCCCCCCCCCCCCCCCUUCUUUGCUUCUUUCCAUUUUGUGUUAUAUUACAUGUGAGAAUAGGAGAAAGGACUAAGGACUAAACUGUGUCUUAAAUCUCAUUACUCCAAUUGUUAAAUUUUGACUCUUUUCUGGUAUUGUUAAUAACACACUUCAUCCAAAUGAAGAGUGUAAUUUCAUAUGUUUGUACCAAUAGAUAAAUAAAUUGUUGAUGUGUUCUGUGUAGAAGACUGAAACAUAGCAGUCUUUGAGACUCUGGUAAAAAAAUUAGGAAAAGGUACUUAUGCUGGAGGGGAUAAUGUUACUUCUCUUCUAAUUACAUUUUUCACAAUUAAAAUAUGUUAUUUAUUUUGUUAUAAUGCCUCCAUACAGAUUUAAUACCUGCCUCUAAAGCAUAAUACUGUACUGUGGUUUACUUGUCUUUACUCAGAUCUGUUCAUGGAAUUUACACAACACAGGAAGGGCAGAAAGGAAGGCAAUUCCACACUCUGAUGUUAUGUCUCAUUAAUUAUUUCAUAAAUGAUUUUUUUCUCCAUUAAUGUAAUCUGUGAUCAUACACAUUCCUGCAUUGAUAAUUAUGCAACAGUGACAAUAAAUAGUGAGAUUCAAAAUUCAAUGAUGAGAUGAUAAAAAAAUCUCUGGGUUUAAUACUUACACAUGCCUAUUCCGAUGUUAGUGUAUUUGAUAGACAGUGAUGAACUCAUGUGUCCUGAAAGGAUUAAAUGGUUCUCUGUAGCAACCGAUGUUAUAUAUCCAAAAGCUACGCUAAUUAAUUGGGCUCUGAGAGGACAUCACCCUGUUUUCAUUAUUGUUAGCACUGUCCACUAGUAAUUUUGUCUACUGUAUCUGAAAUUAUACCUCCGGUUUCUUUCAGGACUACUGUUUCCUCUUAUCGUGCAAUAUAGCAAUGCUACAAAAUUUCUAUUAUCCUUACCUUUUGCUCCUACAUUUCUCUCUUUGAACUUUGCAGAUGAGCUCAUCAUUAUUUACCCAUCACAAAUGGACACAGCCUGAAGUUACUCAUUUCUCCACUUCGGUAUUAUCUCAUAAAGACAAGAAUAGCUCAGGUUCUUAUUACCAUAAUGUUCUUGAAAAUAUAGGUGUUAAUUUUCAAGUCCAGUUUACCAUAUUACCAGACAUUUAGUUCCAGAGUUCAUUCAAUAACAUGUAUUCUUAUUUGAAUAUCUCCUCAUUCAGUGUCUCAUAAUUUAUAGGAAAUGGAAUCCUGUUUUCAUUUAGAUCUCCAGUUUUUUAACAAUAUGAGUAGUUUCUUCUUUUCUGUCAGAAAUACUCUCAUAACAUCAUCCAGACAAAUGAGGAAUUAUGCCUAUUAAUCAUAUACAUUCAUUUUUAGGUGUCAUGCUCUCCUGACAUUGUUUAGAGUAUAUAAAUAUUUAAUUCAGUGCACUAAAAGAGAAGUAAGGUAAAUUAAUAUUAAACUCAUGUUUUAUUGUUACAAAAAGAUAUAUCCAAUUUAAGUUGUCCAACAGUUACUACAAGGGUGUUAGGUUACAGUAAAACAAAAAAAUCAUAAAUGCAUAUGUACCUCUCUUUUGUUUCUCACUACAAAACCACUAAUUUUUAUGCUUUAUUUUCUAUGCCAAUUAUAUUUUAUCUCCACUGUCACUAGUUGAUGUUAUACAUUUUAUUAGAUUCAAAAAAAGUCCUUAGAGUGGUAAAAGUGCUGUUAAGAAAAGAGUUGAACUAUAUAUCUUCCUAUUACAUUUGAUGAUAAAGUUAAUGUGGCAUACUGAAAUUUGUGGUCACACUAUUCAUCAAGGAAAUAAUCUGCCCUUCCCAAGUAUUUUUUACUUUCUGUUAUCAGUAUAUCUUAAAUUUUUUGACGACACAAACUCUUGUGCAGAAGCUGUACCUAUAUCCAUGGCCUUCAUAAAUAAAAAAUUUGCGCACAGCUGUGCUCUUACAGGUAAGCUAAUGAAUAUUUGUUGUUAAUGUCUAUACUGAAUUGUUUUUAAGAAUGAAGCAUCAAAGACAGAAAUGUAGAAUCAUGUAACGUGGCUACUCUGAAUGAGGUGGUAAAUCUCACUUCAGUUCAAUACUUUAUGUUAAAAAUGGAAAAUAUUAUGAAAGAACCUUUACUUUACAGCAAAAUUUGUGAGUCUCAACACUAUAAUCAGGCAAUAUAGUACCAUCAUUUCUCAGGGAACUUGGUGAUAUUUCAGUGUUAUCACUCAGUUUGGAAUACAUUCUCUUUUAACAAAAUUUCUUGUGUUGUAUAAUCAUUGAUAUAUUGUUCAUACUCUGCAGUAUUGUAUCUGACAAUAUUUAUGUAGUUUAUGCCUAAAUAAAUUUUUGUUUUUGUACUCAA